AUGCGUUUCAAAUCAGCCUUCCGCACCCUAACCAACAUGAAUUCGUCAGCCAGCAUGUUUGUUAAUUAUUCAAAACCGUCUCACAUAAGCACAAACAUGCUUGGUUGGUAUUCCAGAGUGGGGUGCGAAAAAUGUUCCAUCAUGCCGAAGCAUUUGUGCGCUUCGCUUCAAUUAAUUUCUCAAGCAAUGAUUUUGAUGAGAUCAGAUCCUCUCCUGGCUCGACACACCGAAAAGGGUUUCCGAAGAAACAGAAAAAGUUCAGCAAUGCAGCAGGAAAUGGAAAAGAGUCCAUCAUAUGGAUAUAUGUACGAACAUUGA